CUUCCGGUUCCGACGUCUCGGCUUGGCUGUGAAGAGCUUUGCAUUGUGGGAGCUCUUUCCUUUUCUCUCUCCCGGCCAUUUUGGCGGCUGCUCUUGGUUGGGGCCGUCCCGCACCUAAGGCAGGAAGAUGGUGGCCGCAAAGAAGACGAAAAAGUCGCUGGAGUCGAUCAACUCCAGGCUCCAGCUCGUUAUGAAAAGUGGAAAAUACGUGCUGGGGUACAAGCAGACUCUGAAAAUGAUCAGACAUGGCAAAGCGAAGCUGGUCAUCCUCGCCAACAACUGCCCGGCCUUGAGGAAAUCUGAAAUAGAAUACUAUGCCAUGUUGGCCAAAACUGGUGUCCAUCACUACAGUGGCAAUAAUAUUGAAUUGGGCACAGCAUGUGGGAAAUACUACAGAGUAUGCACGCUGGCUAUCAUUGAUCCAGGUGAUUCUGAUAUCAUUAGAAGCAUGCCAGAACAGACUGGUGAAAAGUAAAUCACGCAGAAUUUUUCUUUAAUAAAACUGGCCACAGCUUGUUUUAAAAACA